AUGGCCCUCCUAUCCAACGUUGUUUCGACCAUUCUGGUCCUCACCGCCACAGCUGUCCUGCUCCCAAAGCUGACAGGCGUUCUUCUCGGUCUUGUGUUCCGAGGAUUGGGCUGGUUGAUAUGGCGAAGAACGCGGUCUCGCCGCGAUUAUGUGGUCGCGCGGGCGCGAUCUGAGGAGGAAGAAUUACGCGCCUCACAGCCGAAGGUUUCGACUCAUUCACCAUCGCGGAAUGGUGCCGAAGAUGAGGACUGGGAGAAGGUGGACAGUUCAGGCCCGGGCGAGGUACAAAAGGCCGCCAACAGUGAAAACAGCGGCAGCACUGCUGGGGAAAGCAACCAGGGGUCAGAUAACUGGGAUGGCAUUAUUGGGUUCUUCCACCCAUUCUGCAAUGCUGGUGGAGGUGGUGAACGAGUCUUAUGGGAAGCAGUACGCGCAACGCAGAAGCGCUGGCCGAAAGCAAUCUGCGCUAUCUACACAGGUGACCACGAAGUCAACAAGGCUACGAUGCUAGAGCGGGUGGAACACCGAUUCAACAUUCACCUACACGCGCCAAAUGUUGUGCUUUUAUACCUGACGACACGCAAGUACGUUGUUAGCAGCUCAUAUCCUUACAUGACGCUGCUGGGGCAAUCACUGGGGUCACUGGUUGUCGCCUACGAUGCUUUCACGUUGCUCGUGCCGGAUGUUUUUGUUGACACCAUGGGUUAUGCCUUUACGCUGGCUCUUUGCAAAUGGCUUUUCCCAAAAGUGCCUGUCGGCGCCUAUGUUCAUUACCCGACUAUAUCAACCGAUAUGCUCGCCUCUCUUGACGACAAGACUGGGGUGCAGGGGAUCAACUCUGGUGCAGGGAAAGGAAUGAAAGGUAAGCUCAAGCGUCGGUACUGGCAGCUAUUUGCCAAGCUAUAUGGCUGGGUUGGCCGCCAGGUGGAUGUAGUGAUGUGCAACUCGUCUUGGACGGCAGCGCACAUUCGCACACUUUGGGGCACCGGCAACAAGAGCAGCAACACCAGCGGCGAUGGGACCGCAUCAUCGCCGGCUGUGGUGUUUCCCCCAACGGCAGUGACCGAAUUGCAAUCAAGUAUCGCCGUUGAUGCGGAGAGCGAAAAGACUCGCGAGCCAGUCGUGCUUUACAUCGCCCAAUUCCGGCCAGAGAAGAACCACCCGCUAGUCUUACGAUCCUUUGCACGGUUUCUACAAGAGCGAGCCAGCAACCCAACCUACGCAGAUCAACCUACUCCACGCCUUGUGCUUAUCGGGUCUGUCCGCCAUUCCAGCCCCGACGAGACCCACAUCUAUAAUCUCCGCCUCCUGGCACAUGAGCUCCGCAUCCGCGAUCAUACCACUUUCUUAUGCGAUGCCAGCUGGCCUGUUGUGCUGUCACAUCUUGGCACGGCUUCCGUUGGUGUCAAUGCCAUGUGGAAUGAACACUUCGGUAUUUGUGUCGUUGAGUAUCAGGCUGCUGGUCUCAUUUGCGUGACACAUGACUCCGGUGGUCCACGUGAAGACAUCGUUGUUGACCUAGGUGAUGGUGCGACUGGAUUCAGAGCUGAAACAGAGGAGCAGUUCGCUGCUUCUUUCGAGGCUGCUCUUGCUCUUCCUGAGGCGGAGAAGGUAGCUAUGCGACAGCGGGCUCGUCGUUCAGCUCAAAGAUUCACCGAAGAGGAGUUCUCCCGCAAAUGGCUGGGUCAAGUGCAAAAGCUUGUCAAGGCAUCGAAGACUCAAUUGUGA